GGAGCGCUUCCGGGUUGGCCCGCGCCUCCAGCCCUCGCCGUCUGGGACGGCGGACUGCCGUACGGGCGCCUUGUCUGUCCCGGACUGAGCGAGCAGCGAGUGAGCGAGCGCCCGCCGGCCAGCAGCGCGCCGGUCCCGGCAGCAGGAGGCCCGGGGGCGGCGGGUCGCGCCGCUCCGCUCCGCCCUGCCCGGCUGCGGCAGGAGCCUCAGUCCCCUCGCCGGCUGCAGUGCUGGAAGCCGCUUGCCGGCACUAAGGAUCCGGGCGGACGGGAGCCCUCUUCCCCGGCCCCCUGCCCGCCCCGCCGGGGAGGGCGGAAGAUGCCGGUGAAGAAGAAGAGGAAAUCCCCAGGGGCCUCGGCCGUGGCGGAAGACGGGGCGCUCAAAAAGUGUAAAAUCUCCAGAUGUUACCAUUAAAAGAAGAUGGUAGCCAGCAUUAUUAAGAGGAGAUACUGAGAGAACCCUCCUUAAAGAGGAAAUCUGCUAAAUGUGAGCUAUUGCAGAUCCCAACCCCCUGCUAGACUAAUAAGUGGAGAGGAACAUUUUUCAAGCAAGAAGUGCCUGGCUUGGUUUUAUGAGUAUGCAGGUCCUGAUGAAGUUGUAGGGCCAGAAGGAAUGGAAAAAUUUUGUGAAGACAUCGGUGUUGAGCCUGAAAAUAUUAUUAUGUUAGUUUUAGCGUGGAAAUUGGAGGCUGAAAGCAUGGGAUUUUUUACCAAGGAAGAAUGGUUAAAGGGAAUGACAUCAUUACAGUGUGACUGCACAGAAAAACUACAGAACAAAUUUGACUUUUUGCGCUCACAGUUGAAUGAUAUUUCAUCAUUUAAGAAUAUCUACAGAUAUGCCUUUGAUUUUGCAAGGGAUAAAGAUCAAAGGAGCCUUGAUAUGGACACCGCUAAAUCUAUGCUGGCUCUGCUGCUGGGAAGGACGUGGCCGCUGUUCUCAGUAUUUUACCAGUACCUAGAGCAAUCGAAGUAUCGGGUUAUGAACAAAGACCAGUGGUACAAUGUAUUAGAAUUCAGUAGAACCGUCCAUGCUGAUCUUAGUAACUAUGAUGAAGAUGGUGCUUGGCCCGUUCUUCUCGAUGAAUUUGUUGAGUGGCAGAAAGUUCGUCAAACAUCAUAGCAACAACUACUAUGAAGAAAAUGCAAACCUUUUGAAUCUCACAUGCAUACAAGCUUAUGAGAUGAGGGAAAAAGACUCAAAGGGUGCAUUUUCAUUCACAUGAAAGACCUCCUCAUAGUAUCUUUUUUCCCCCUUUUUAAAGGGAAUUGUUCUUGUUACAUGUGAUAGGCACUGAGCCACACCUCUCUGAGACUGAAUAUUGAGGUUUUUGUUUUAUGUUUAUAACAUUUAUUUCAGAACAAUAAAGAUUCAGAUUUGUGACAAAGGCCUUAAAGUAAA